AGCCAGUCACGUGGCAGUGACCGUUCCGGCUAACCCGCGCCAAUUGAAAUAGAAGCGCACGAUAGCAUAAGCAUGUCAUCCAAACCCGUACAAAAACCGACGGCAUUCGCCAUUUCCAUCCCAAAACGGAGAUCAAAACUAAGCGUGAGGAUCCGCUUCCUUGCCACCGACUACUUCGCCUCCCAGUCCCCGAUCGAAACCCUGAGAGACUUCCAGUUCCUCCCUCUUCCACCGCCUCGUCUCCCCCCUGAGAGACUUCCAGUUCCUCCCCCUUCCGCCGCCUCGUCUCCCCCCUUUUGAUCCUGCUCUCGGCGCCGAGAUUCCUUUCGUGAUCUCGAUCUCCGUUUCCUUCCGAAAUCGAUGGAUUUCCGAUCGAGAAUGCCCUCUCUCAGUUCCUCUUGGAUGUUAUCCCUCGGUUUUUUCAUGCUGGAGAGGGGAUUUCUAUUGAUUCCAGCUCUUGGAAGAGAGAGCUGCAGCGAUUUAUGUCUGGAUCGGCCGAGAUCGGCGUAUCUGAGAGAAGACAUGAUGACUCCUGGGCGGAAGAGAACGGGAAGAGUUGUGAAUGCUCCGGCACUUGGAGAAGAAACUGCUGAUGAAGCAGUGGAUUUUAUUCAUGAAGAGAAGACAGCAGAGAAGUGUUCAGUUUAUGUCACUAAAACUCCAGAGAUGUGCGGCGUAUUCCAAUAGAUAUUAUAAAAAAUAUUGGAUUAUAAGUAGGUCGGACUCUAUAAUUAUAAGCAGAGCUGUUCAUUUGAUUUUAACCGAUUCGAAUCGAUUCGAUCCAAAAAUUAAAUAAUAAAAAAAUAAAAA